AAGCACACAGCCUCCUUUCCGUGCCCCCUCCGCCGCGUUGCUGGCCCUCCUCCGCCGGCUGUCUGCGACGCAAAGCCCUCCACCGUCCCCGGGCAGGCGGCGGCGGCGGCGGAGGAGGAGGAGGAGGAGAAGGGAGAAGAUUGCGGCUCUCCUCUUCCUUCCUUGCUUGCUUGCUUGCCUUCCUCCCUGCCUUCCUCCCUUCUCUGCUCUCUGUUCCUUCCCGCAAGAUGCCCUCGCGGAGAGCCCGGCGCCUCCCCCCCACCUGCUCGGCCGGGAUGGUACAGUCUGCAGAGGGACUCUGGUUGUAAUGUAGCUCCUCGCCUGAGCCCGCCCGCCCGCCCGCCCGCCCUGACAGAUGCCCAGCACUGAUUCCAACGCCUGCCCUUGCACUCACUGGGGGACAUUUGGGGGAUGCUCCCUGAGCCAAGUCUGAAGGAAGAGAUGACCAUGUAGAUGACAACAGACUGGAUGCAGCAUAAUGGGAAGCAGUGAAUGGGGUGGAACUGGCUUGCAACCUUGAAAACAGCCAUCGCGUGGACUAUCUAUCACCUGGCCGGAGAGACAUAUCCAACGGUCUUUGCUUUCUCACCUGUUAUUACUGGAAGCAUAAAGUGGAUCCCUUCCAUUAUUUUGUCUUGGAUUUGAGUUUCCAUCCUUGCAAAAUUUCCAGUUGUACAUUGCACACAGAACGGAGCAAUACUACCAGCAACAAUGGGUGACAUGACAAAUAGCGAUUUUUAUUCAAAGAACCAAAGAAAUGAGGCCAACCAUGCAGGAGAAUUUGGGUGCACGCUUGAGGAGCUGCGCUCUCUCAUGGAACUUCGAGGAACAGAAGCAGUAGUAAAAAUUACAGAGACAUAUGGGGACACUGAGGGCCUAUGCAGACACUUGAAGACGACGCCAAUAGAAGGAUUGCCUGGCACUGCUGCUGACUUAGAUAAAAGAAAGCUAAUUUUUGGGAAAAACUUUAUACCUCCGAAGAAGCCAAAAACUUUCAUACAGUUAGUCUGGGAAGCAUUACAGGAUGUGACUCUUAUCAUCUUGGAAAUUGCAGCCAUCAUAUCUCUUGGACUCUCAUUUUAUCAUCCACCUGGAGAGGGAAAUGAAGCCUGCGCAACUGCAUCAGGAGGAGCAGAAGAUGAGGGUGAAGCGGAGGCUGGCUGGAUUGAAGGCGCUGCCAUUCUCCUCUCUGUCAUUUGUGUGGUACUGGUCACUGCCUUUAAUGACUGGAGCAAAGAGAAGCAGUUCCGUGGGCUUCAAAGUCGUAUUGAGCAAGAACAGAAGUUUACUGUCGUCCGAGGUUCACAAGUAAUUCAGAUCCCAGUAGCAGAGCUAGUAGUUGGAGACAUUGCACAGAUCAAAUAUGGUGACCUCUUACCUGCUGAUGGGGUGCUUAUUCAAGGAAACGACCUUAAGAUUGAUGAAAGCUCUUUAACUGGAGAGUCAGAUCAAGUUCGCAAAUCUGUUGAGAAAGAUCCAAUGCUUCUGUCAGGUACCCAUGUCAUGGAGGGUUCUGGAAGGAUGGUUGUCACGGCAGUAGGAGUUAACUCUCAGACAGGCAUCAUCUUUACCCUGCUAGGCGCUGGUGAAGAAGAAGAAAAGAAGGAUAAAAAAGGUGUGAAACAGGAAGAUGGACAUCCAGUUUCAGUAGAUUCUUCCCAUACCUCCUUCCAUCCUCCUUCAACUACAGAUGGGGCAGCAGGUGCAAAUGCCACUGAUAAUGCAAAUACCAGCUUAGUCAAUGGCAAAAUGCAGGACGGAAAUAUGGAAAACAACCAGAAUAAAGCCAAACAGCAGGAUGGUGCUGCUGCAAUGGAGAUGCAGCCACUGAAAAGCGCAGAAGGUGGUGAAGGAGAUGAUAAAGAUAAGAGGAAGGCUAACAUGCAUAAGAAAGAAAAGUCUGUCCUCCAGGGGAAACUGACUAAAUUGGCAGUCCAGAUAGGCAAAGCAGGUUUGGUAAUGUCAGCCAUCACUGUCAUUAUUUUAGUAUUAUACUUCACUAUUGAGAACUUUGUAAUCAGCAAGAAGCCAUGGUUGCCUGAAUGCACUCCAGUCUAUGUUCAGUAUUUUGUCAAGUUCUUCAUAAUUGGUGUUACUGUGCUAGUAGUUGCUGUCCCAGAAGGACUUCCACUUGCAGUUACUAUUUCUCUGGCUUAUUCUGUCAAGAAAAUGAUGAAAGAUAACAAUCUGGUCCGUCAUUUAGAUGCGUGUGAGACUAUGGGUAAUGCUACAGCCAUCUGCUCUGAUAAAACAGGGACACUAACAACCAACCGGAUGACAGUAGUACAAGCCUAUAUUGGAGAUGUCCAUUACAAAGAGAUCCCUGACCCAGAUUCCAUUGCAGCCAAAACUCUGGAUUUGCUGGUUCAUGCAAUUGCCAUCAACAGUGCUUAUACUACAAAUGUUCUGCCACCCGAGAAGGAAGGUGGUCUACCUCGUCAGGUUGGCAACAAGACAGAAUGUGGAUUACUGGGGUUUGUCUUGGAUCUAAAGCAGAAUUAUCAGACUGUCCGGGAACAGAUGCCUGAAGAGAAGCUUUACAAAGUAUAUACUUUUAACUCUGUGAGAAAGUCAAUGAGCACUGUCACCAAAUUGCCAGAUGACAGCUUCCGAAUGUACAGCAAGGGAGCUUCUGAAAUUGUCCUAAAGAAGUGUUCUAAGAUUCUUAAUGGAGCUGGUGAGCUUCGUGUCUUCAGACCACGUGAUCGGGAUGAGAUGGUAAAGAAAGUGAUUGAACCCAUGGCCUGUGAUGGUUUGAGAACCAUCUGUGUUGCUUAUCGAGACUUCCCUAGUGAACCUGAACCAGAUUGGGAAAGUGAAAAUGACAUCUUAUCUGAUCUGACCUGCAUCUGUGUGGUUGGCAUAGAAGAUCCUGUAAGACCAGAGGUCCCAGAAGCCAUAAGGAAGUGCCAGCGAGCUGGAAUUACAGUCCGCAUGGUCACUGGGGAUAACAUCAAUACAGCACGUGCCAUUGCCAUAAAGUGUGGAAUCAUUCACCCCGGAGAAGACUUCCUCUGCAUUGAGGGGAAAGAGUUUAACCGGAGAAUCAGAAAUGAAAAGGGAGAGAUUGAACAGGAACGCAUUGACAAGAUCUGGCCAAAACUUCGGGUUCUUGCUCGUUCGUCUCCCACUGACAAACACACUUUGGUCAAAGGUAUUAUUGACAGCACUCAGGUAGAACAGAGGCAGGUGGUAGCAGUGACUGGCGAUGGAACAAAUGAUGGACCAGCACUCAAGAAAGCUGAUGUUGGCUUUGCAAUGGGUAUUGCAGGAACUGAUGUGGCAAAGGAAGCCUCAGAUAUUAUCCUGACAGAUGACAAUUUCAGUAGUAUUGUGAAAGCUGUAAUGUGGGGGCGUAAUGUCUAUGACAGUAUCUCCAAGUUUCUGCAAUUCCAGCUCACAGUGAAUGUGGUGGCUGUGAUUGUCGCUUUCACAGGGGCUUGCAUUACCCAGGACUCUCCUUUAAAAGCUGUACAGAUGCUAUGGGUCAACUUGAUUAUGGACACCUUUGCCUCUCUUGCAUUGGCUACGGAACCUCCCACAGAAUCCCUCUUACUAAGGAAGCCGUAUGGUAGAAACAAACCUCUUAUCUCACGCACCAUGAUGAAAAACAUUCUGGGCCAUGCUGUCUACCAGCUCACUCUUAUUUUUACUCUUCUCUUCGUUGGGGAAAAAAUGUUUGAAAUUGACAGUGGCAGGAAUGCUCCACUCCACUCUCCGCCUUCUGAACACUACACCAUAAUCUUCAAUACCUUUGUCAUGAUGCAGCUGUUUAAUGAAAUCAACGCACGCAAAAUCCAUGGUGAAAGGAAUGUUUUUGACGGCAUCUUUAGAAAUCCUAUAUUUUGCACUAUUGUACUGGGCACAUUUGCUGUUCAGAUAGUAAUUGUACAGUUUGGUGGGAAACCUUUUAGCUGUUCUCCUUUGGAACUUGACCAGUGGAUGUGGUGUGUAUUUAUUGGAUUAGGUGAACUUGUAUGGGGUCAGGUCAUUGCAACCAUCCCAACAAGUAGGUUAAAAUUUUUAAAGGAAGCAGGAGGGCUCACACUAAAAGAAGAAGUGCACGAGGAGGAGAUGAAUGAAGAUGUAGAAGAGAUUGAUCAUGCAGAGAGAGAACUACGGCGGGGACAAAUCCUCUGGUUCAGAGGGCUAAAUAGAAUCCAAACCCAGAUCCGCGUCGUGAAGGCAUUCCGUAGCUCUCUCUAUGAAGGUUUAGAAAAACCAGAAUCUAGAACCUCCAUUCACAACUUUAUGACUCAUCCUGAAUUUAGGAUAGAAGAUUCCCAGCCCCAUAUCCCUCUCAUUGAUGACGCAGAACUAGAAGAAGACCCUGCACUCAAGCAAAACCCAAGUCCACCAUCCUCACUGAACAAGAACAAUAGUGCUAUUGACAGUGGAAUAAACCUUACGACUGACACAAGUAAAUCAGCUACCUCUUCUAGUCCAGGAAGCCCUAUCCAUAGCCUGGAGACAUCCCUUUAGCUGAAAAGGUCACUGCAAAAAUAAUGAUAUAAAUAAUAAAUAUAUAUAUAUAUACAUAAACAGAUACGUAUAAACAAUGCUGGCUGAGAAGCUGUUUGAACUGCUGUUUGCAAUGGACAAGGGGGGGAGUGACUCACCGAUUGCAAUGGUUUGGGGGGGGGAAUGAAUGGCUGAUUUACAUCUUCCCCUCUUAAUCCCCUCUUCCUCCUGCAGAAACAAACAAAAACAAUACAAAUGCCCUCCUGCAUGAAUGUACUCCCAUUUCCAAACUUCCCUUCUUUUUAUUCCAUACGCAGGAAAUGCAGAGAAUUUGUCUGAGGCAAUUUAUCCAAUUCACUGUUGUAUGAAUUUUUUAAAUGCUUGUGUGGCAUGGACUCAAUUGUAUAGAUUAAUUUAAAUAACCUUUUCAAAGUUGCAAAGCUUAACUUGCACAGUAGAUUUGCACCAGUUGGACAGAGGAACCUAAAAUAAGCAUUUAUGAGACUAUAUAUAGAGAUAUAUAAAUAAUAUAUUAUAAUGAUAUAUGUGUAUAUAUCCAUAUCUAUAUAUAGAUAUAUAGAUAUUCAUAUAUAUAUAUCCAUAUAUAUCCAUAUAUAUAGCUAUAGAUAUACACAUAUAUAUGCAUUUCUUUGUUGGCAUGUUGCCUUUUUCUGCUCAAAUUGCUCUAUUUUAACUUAUUUAUGUCCUAAAAAUAAAGAAUGUAAUUUGUUUACAGAGUUGUAGAUAAUAAAUAUCCUUAACUAUUUAGGAUUAAGACAGCACUUCCUGCCGAGAUAAUAUACAAAUUGCUCAAUUGAAUGAAAUUUCUGCAAUAUGGCACCCUGGAUGUUUUAUUACAACUGUGAUCUGAUUUUGCCUGAUAAGAGUUCUUUUUGUUUUGUUUUCAGUUUAAUAAUGUAGAUAUUGCUAGCAAAUAACAAAAGAAGCCAAACUAUAACACACUGGAUGUAGCAUUGUGAUCCUGUACAGGGAGUGAUGAAACAGAACGGCUUCCUUUGUUUUAAAUACAAAUUUACAUGAUCAGGUUUUUUGCUCUCUCUCUUUUUUAAUGAAUUGUUUGACUUUGUUUUGAUGCAAUACAUAACAACGAGGCCAUUUCCUUAUUUAAGUGGCUUCUUCAACAUUUUUUUAAAAGAUUAUAAUGCAGCUCAGUGGAGUUUCUGAAUAUCAGUUCAAAACUAAGCUGUAUUUGGCUUUGUAUAGGGAUCAAGCUAGCGUUGAAAUAUUGUGUGCUGAUUCUGUUCCAUUAGGAAUUUAGGCUUUUAUUUCUUGUCAAAUAUGGGCUGUUGGCAUUUUGGAUGAGAGCCACUAUGGUUUAUUGCUUUCACUGAAAAAGAAAAAAAUCAUUUUAUGCACUAUGUAGACCUGAAUGAAACUUAUGAAGUGUAUACUAAAAUGUGCUUUGUGUGAUUAUUUUAAAACCAAGUUUGUCUUCCUAUAGUCACAUAACUAUAAUCCAAGAAUGUUUUUCCCCCAUAUUAUUCUGCUUUCCACAAGGAAGACCACUGAGAACAUCUGCAAUAUUGUGGGAGAGUUUUGUUUUCAAGAUGGUAACAGCCCUGGUAAUUUAGAAGUUGAUAUAAUUAUUAUGUCAACUACUUGAACACAAAGCACUUUGUGGAUCAUAGAUUUUUCAUAAAAUGACUUUUGUAUUUAAUACAAAGUUUGAUUCAAGACUUUUCAGCAUAUGAUCUUUUCCAUAAAACUGUACAGUGCAAAAAGACAUUUUGAUUAAUAUACAAUCAAUUAUGCUAGAAAGGUUGGGCGAAAGGCCCCUUUAAUGAGUUUGAAAAUGUUGUUAUCACAUUGCCUGCUGUUUUAAAGUUGGCUAAUAAAGCAGAACAACUCUGUAGUCAGAAGAACUAUUGCACGCCAGAAACCCUUCCAACAAGAUGAGAUUCCUGGUUAAACCACAGUUUGGAGUGGCUAACGCUCUGAGGUUGUACAGUGACUAUUCAGCCAGGUAAAGUGCUGACCAGCUUGAAUUGCCAGCUUCUGGACUUUCGGGAGAAGCUUUUAAUGUCUCUUGGCUCUGCAAAACUCACACUCAUCCAGACGUCUGGCAGAAGACCUCAUCUUCCCAGGCUUAAACAACCCUCUUCUCAACAGACCAUUUCUUAACUCUCAGAGCUGGCCUAAGAGCCAAACACAGCAGCUUAUGAUUAGAAUCAAACUAAUGGAAAGUUAGUGAGGGUUCAGCCUUGGACUACAAAUAACACUGGCUACCUUUUGUGUAACACUGUGGUUCCGUGUUCUCCUUGGGAUAGCAUAAUUGAGAAAAUAAAGUCUAUAUACAGGGGAAAGCAUGUGGCUUCGGACUCAAGCAUCUCCAAAACCAUGGGUACUAGAUUUUAUCUUAUUUCAUCAUCUUAAUAUGGAUGAUUUGCCUUUUAUUUUAAGUUUUUCAUCACAUUCUUUUUAAAAAAUCAUUUUGUGUGUGUAUGUGCAUUGUAAUACUGCUUUUGAAAUAACCAUUAGGGUACCAGUUGCAGACUUGAAAAUACUGUUUAAAAACACAAACACUCCAUUCUGUACAUAUAUAGUUAAAAGAAGGAGAAAGAAAAUAAAGCAUAUAUUAUUUGUGAUGCAUAGGAAACUUUGGAUUCUGUAAACAGAAACCGUGCUUUAUGUAUAUGAUAAAAAGACUUUUUUUAAAAAAAUGAAGGAAGAUGAGCUAAAACAACUUUUCAGUUAUGAGCUGUGUAUAUGUUCCCUUUCUAUAUUGCUUGCCCUCUUUGUGACAGGAAGAAUGGAUCAAAAAACCAAAAUGAUCUAUAUGUUGAAAUUCACUGCAAUACAUAAAAUGCUUGCUCUGGAUGUACUGUACCUAAAAGCAUGAGAUUUGUGGAAAAUUACAGCAGUACAUUUGGCAAUCCAUCCCACUAGGGGCUAUUAUUCCUAUAUGUUUAUUCAUCUGUUUUUAUGAAUUUUUUAAAUCUAGACAAUAAUUGUAAAUAAAGAACUUACUGUCUCUGUUCAUUUAAUACUAUGCAAAAGGUUAUGCUUUCUAUUGUUAUUCCUACAGUGUGAUGCUGGAAUGUUUGUGGUUUCAAAAACAAACAAACACAAAAGUAAAAUAUGUGAUGUAAAUUAUUUUAUAGUUUGAAACAAAAUGAUAAUGUUUUACUCUUGCUGCUUACUGUCUAAUAGAUAUCUCCUAGCAGGAGCACAAGUGGAAACUAAAAGGAAAAAUAUAAUAAAUUCACAAAGCAGCAUGAACAAUAAA